GAGCUACGUGCUCGAUUUUUAAAUUACUUUGAGACGCAGCAACAUGUACCCAUCAAAAGUGCCAGCUUGGUUCCUCAUAAUGACAAGAGUCUGCUCUUCACAAAUGCAGGAAUGGUCCCAUUUAAAGAUUUUUUUCUCAAACCAGACACAGCACCCUUUAAAGCUGCAACAAGUGUUCAGAAGUGCAUGCGUGCCGGCGGAAAACACAACGAUCUUGACAAUGUCGGCUACACUGCUCGACAUCAUACUUUUUUUGAGAUGCUGGGAAAUUUUUCAUUUGGACAAUAUACUAAAAAAGAAGCCAUUCGUUAUGCAUGGCGCUUCCUUGUCGACGAACUCAAGCUGCCUUUAUCCCGUCUCAGAGUCACUAUUUUAGAAGGAGACGAAGAAGGUUAUAAGCUUUGGAAAAACGAGGGAUUGAGUGAUGAUAUGAUUGUACGAUGUGGAGAAGAAGAUAACUUUUGGAGUAUGGGAGAUGGCGAAGGACCUUGUGGCCCGUGUACUGAGAUCUUUUGGGAUACCCAAGAUGAUACCCUAGACGAAAGGUGGCUUGAGAUUUGGAACCUUGUUUUUAUGGAAAACUAUCGUGAGGCCGAUGGAAAGCUUACGAAAUUGCCUAUUCCCUGUAUCGAUACUGGCAUGGGACUAGAGCGAAUGGUGUGCGUCCUUCAGGGCAAGAAUAACAACUUCCAAAUCGAUCAAUUCGAGACAUUGAUUGGAGGCUUGAGACAAGUGAUGAAAACCCGUGGAAUAGAGGUACAGCUUAAAGCAACAGUAGAAAUAGAUUAUUUGAUUAUCGCUGAUCACUUUAGAGCCAUGUGUUUUUUGAUUGGAGAUGGCGUGGUUCCAAGUAACGUUGGGCGAGGUUAUGUUUUGCGCCGCAUUAUUCGUCGUGCACUUCGAUCGGCUCGCCAGUUAGGGAUACACGAGCCUUUCUUGACUGAUUUGUACCCGCAUCUGUUGGCCGGAUUCGAAGAUGGUUCUUAUCCUGAACUUACAUCCAGAGCCUCGUCUAUCCGUAGUGUAGUAACUAACGAAGAGCGAUCAUUUUUGGCUACUUUGGACCGAGGAAUGGCUCUUCUUGAAAACGUGUUUAGCCAACCAGAUCUCCAAGGAUCUAAAGCAAUCCCUCCCGCAAUCGCAUUUCAACUUUAUGAUACCUUUGGCUUUCCGUUCGACUUGACUUUGAUUAUUGCUAAAGAAAAGGGCUGGACAGUGGAUAUUAAAGCGGUAGAAGCGCUUCAAGAACAGCAGAAACAACUGGGAAGAGAGUCUUGGAAGGUCGAUGCAAUUACUAACAAAGCUAGGCUGGCAGGUAAAUAUCAUUCUAACUUUACCAAAAAAUGGCGUAACAAAAAUAUUAUGCCGAAAUUCAGUGGAUAUGAUCGUUCCAUGUUGCAUCAAACCUCUGAGAUUGUUGCAGUCGAACCUGUAAUGGAAGGAAAGAAGAUGACAGUCAAUAUUGCUAUUGAUCCUUGUCCGUUUUACGGUCUUGGUGGUGGACAAGUAGCUGAUUCAGGUUAUAUUACUCUUGCAAAUGGGCAGCGCUGGGAUGUUACAGAUGUUUUCCAGCCUUAUGAUGGUUGUCUAGCUCUCAAGUUAACUCCUGCCAAUAUUGCCAAGGAUGAAACUAUUGAAUCUCUUAUUAAACGAGACCAAGAAUUCUUCCAGGGAGCUGAAGUACAUCAUACCGCGACACAUGUGCUCAAUGCAGGCUUAAGAUCAGUCCUCAAGACAGAUAUUGUUCAAGCAGGAUCUACUGUGGAAACCCAGAAAUUACGAUUUGAUUUCACUUAUGGAAAACCAUUGACACCUUCUCAACUGCACUCGAUUGAAGAAUGGGUCAACGAAGCUGCACUUAAUGGUGGUGCUAUGUCUGUUAAGCACAUGAAACUGGCUGAUGCUAUGAAAAUGGGUGCUGUUGCCACCUUUUCUGAAAAAUAUGGAGAGGAUGUCCGUGUAGUAGAAGUAGAAGGUGUAAGCAAGGAACUGUGUGGUGGUACACAUGUAGAUGAUAUCCGUAAACUGUACCCAUUCAAGAUUCUAACAGAAACAUCGGUAGCCGCAGGAACACGUCGCAUUGAGGCUGUGGCUGGGUUGUCUUGUGUGAAAUGGUAUAGAAAGGCUUAUGAGCCUGUACCUGAGGUG